AAGAAACCAGAGCAGCAGCAGCAGCAGCAGCAGACGGAAGAGGGUCUUAGAGAGGUGGCGGGGUAUCCUGCUCCUCUAGUAAUAAGAAUUUAGGUCUUUUUCCCGCGGUGGUACGAUCAUCAUCUAAUGUACUAGUCAUCAUCACUAAUCCUAGAGCAUCAUGACUGGGGGAACAUGGAGGGGCAGGAGGAGCGGGUUCUGGACGAGCAGGAGUGGCAUGUGGAGGCAGCAGCUGUCAUCCAGGAUGUGAAGGAGUGUGUUUCUCACAUGUCUGUGGCUGCUCUGCCUGCCUCAAACAGUGCCAUUUACUUCAACCUCACCACCAAAGAGGAGAACCAUUAUUGUGUUGAGCUCACCGCCUCAGGGUUCAGAAUUGUGGGCAACAGGUUUGACAACAAAUCCGAACCCUCUGAGAAGUACUUUGAGACUCCCUAUGCCCUCCUUGACCAGAUAAGUCCACUGUACCGUGAGAGCUUUGGUUUAGCAUUAGCAGCCCGACUUUCAGCUCUCGUUCAUGCUGAGGAAGAAGACGUCAAAGGUGCAGAGUAG